AAUAAAGCAUUUUAUAGCUGCAUUCAAUUAUACCAACUCAGUUUAAUUCGUAAAUAGAGGCUGGUCAUUCCAAUAAAACUAAGAAGCCUACAGCUUAUUUUAACUAUUUUAAAUCAAUUUCUAAGAAUUAAAGCAUUAUUUCUAAAUAACAUUGUUGAAAACAGGAGUUACUUGAAAAUUGGUUAACGUUCACUGUUAUGGACAUGGACUGUUGUUUAGGAUUUUGGGGUUAUAUUUACAAUUUGAUUUUAGUUAUAUUUACACAGAAAUAUUGAAACUUACUUAAAAAACAAAUUAAGCAAGUGAAUGUGGAAUUUCACGUUGCUUUAUACGAAAAUUGAGUAUAUAAUUUCCGGUACAUUUGGGUGGACCCUACAAAAGUUAUAGAAACUCUUAAUGUCAUAAACAAAGUUCUGUUAAUCUAUAUUAAAACUACAUGAUCAAAGGAAAUAAAUUCUUUAUAAUAUUUUCAUAUUUAAACAGUACAUAACUACACAAAAAGUCUAUCAGUUUACAAAUGCAAAGAAUUAUGACAGAAGUUGAUGUUAAACUGAAUUUGAGGAAAGUAUGGACCCAAAUAGAGAAAGCAUAUGAAAGGACACCAGCUGACUUAAGAAGCAUAAAACCUGGUUUGGUAUGUGCCAGUAAAACUAAACCUCCAGAUCUGAUUAUUCAGGCUUAUGAGGAAGGGCAAAGGGACUUUGGUGAAAAUUAUGUGGAUGAAUUAGUGACAAAAGCAAACAAUGCUGAUAUUUUAGCUAAAUGCAAACAAAUUCGAUGGCAUUUUAUUGGACACUUACAAACUAAUAAGAUCAACAAAGUUCUCUCCAUUCCUAAUUUGUAUGUAAUUGAAACGAUAGAUUCUGAAAAACUGGCCACUUCAGUUAACAAUCGAUGGUCACAGCACAGGCAUUCAGACUGUAAACUGCCCAUAAUGAUACAAAUCAACACCAGUGGUGAAGAAGAAAAGGAAGGUGUGGAGCCUAAAGAUGCCGUAAAGUUAGCAAAAUAUGUAGUCGACAACUGCGAAAAUCUUCAACUUAUUGGUCUAAUGACUAUUGGAAUGUUUGGAUACGAUUAUUUAAAGAAUGGGCCAAAUCCUGACUUUCUAUGCCUGUUUAAAUGUAGAGAAGACAUUUCCAUAGCUCUAGGACUAGACAAAAAGCAGCUACACUUAUCAAUGGGGAUGUCUAACGACUUUGAACAUGCUAUUGAACUUGGCAGCACCAAUGUAAGAGUGGGAACUACAAUAUUUGGAGAAAGGCUGAAGAAGAACUAAUAUCAAUUUUAGUCGGAGGCAAUUGCUAGGUCAUGAUAGUAAAUUUGCUUCAUGCUAAAACUCAUAAAGAGCAGUACUUUAAAUCGUUUUUGAGAAAAAAAAUUGUUUCGAAAAAAUUCUAUUUGGAAUUUGGGUGUAACCAGGACUAGAACUUCAUUUUCUCACGUCUCUAUGAGGUAGACCUUCCUACAUUGUCACACCUUAUUCUGACUCAUUAUUUUCUAUUAUCGCUGCCAAUUUUUGUUUCUGAUAUUAAGCCCUAUUGAUACAAGCUAUUAUAAGUAGAUUUUGCUACCUAUUCCCCUUCCUCAGCACCUUUCAUUUGGAUGUAAUUGUUAGUGAAAGUAAGGGUAACUUACAGGAAAGGCACAGUACUCAAUUUAACCUAAUUGUAAAGUAAAUCCACCGUACUUGUCCUCUGGCAAUUGUCUUUACAAAAACAUUAUGUAAAUUGUACUGUAGUGAGUAAAUGUAUUGAUGUCUUCCAUAUGUACUUAUUAAUUAAUUAAUAAAUGACUAAAGCAUAA